CUCUGGCCACUGCAGCUGCCGCAGCAGCGGUGACCACAGAUACUCUCCCAGCCCCCAAGCAAAUAAAUGCAAACUCCCUUCCGCUGUGUGGCAAAGACUAGAUAGCGUCCCAGCUGGCUGCUUCGGCCGCAGCAGCCAUCCCAGGGAAGCAAAGGGCUCGCAGGUGAAAUCAGUGCACGAGUCUCCUCGCGCCCUCCUCACGAGUUUCCCCAGCAAAGAUUCUCGGAUUACUCUUGUCUCCGAUCUUAGACGUAUUUUUUCGGGGGCUGCACUAGGGUGGAGGGGAUAAAGCAGGUGAGUCCGAGAAGGGCAGUGGGGAAUAGUGUCCUUUUGCUGGGAAAAGCCGGGGUGCCUGGGCUCCUGCUCCUGUUGCUGGAAUCGCUAUGGAAGGAGGAUCUGUCUUGCGUUUGGACUUUCUCCUCUUCAUCCUUUUGGUCCUUUUCCCUGGUGCGAGAGGCGAUGAUUUGCAGACCUGUGAAGAAGUUAGGAAACUUUUCCAGUUGCGGCAUCUGGGACUUGUCAAAGGGCUGCCGGAAACCCCUCGGGCAGGUCCCGAUCUUCAGGUUUGCACAUCCAAAAAUCCCACUUGCUGUACUAAAAAGAUGGAGGAGAGAUAUCAAAUUGCAGCCCGGCAGGAUAUACAGCAGGUCCUUCAGACUUCGAGUUCUACAUUAAAAUUCCUAAUAUCUCGCAAUGCAGCUGCUUUUCAAGAGACCUUUGAAACUCUCAUCAAGCAGGCAGAGAAUUACACAAGCACCUUAUUCUGCAACACUUAUAGGAACAUGGCUUUAGAAGCUGCUGCCUCAGUUCAGGAGCUCUUCACAGAUGUAGGGCUCUUUGUGUUUGGCACAGACAUCAGUCCAGAUGAAUUUGUUAACAGAUUCUUUGACACUCUGUUUCCUUUGGUCUACAAUCAUCUCAUUAACCCUGGUGUGACUGAUAUUUCACUGGAAUAUUCAGAAUGCAUUCGAAUGGCAAGGCGAGAUAUUAACCCCUUUGGAAACAUUCCCAAAAUUGUAAUGGGACAAAUGGGGAGAUCAUUGCUACCCAGCCGGACUUUCCUGCAGGCUCUUAAUUUAGGCAUCGAAGUCAUCAAUACCACCGAUCAUCUGCAGUUCUCAAAAGAAUGCAGCAAAGCCCUCUUGAAGAUGCAAUACUGUCCCCAUUGCCAGGCUCUGACUUUAAGUAAGCCAUGUAUGGGCUACUGCCUUAAUGUUGUAAGAGGCUGUUUGGCUAAUGUGGCAGAAAUUGACCCUCAUUGGCGGGGAUAUAUCCAAUCACUGGAAGAACUUUCUGAUACUAUACAUGGGAUAUAUGACAUUGAACAUGUACUUCUGAACUUCCACUUACUUGUUAAUGAUGCUGUUAUGCAGGCUCACAUCAAUGGGAAAAAAUUAUCUGAGCAGGUGAACAAGAUCUGUGGUCCCCCUGUCAGAACACCUACACAAACCCCUGGUUGUUCUCUUGAUCAGAGCAAAGAUAAGCAAGGAAUGAAGAUCUCUUCAAGAGAGGGUGAAGAAACCCUUGCCAGCAGAAGAAAAGAAUUUAUCAACAGCCUGCGUCUAUACAAGACUUUUUAUGGUGGCCUGGCUGAUCAGCUUUGUGUUAAUGAAUUAGCUGCUGCUGAUGGACUGCCCUGCUGGAACGGAGGAGAUGUGGUCAAAAGCUAUACCCAUCGUGUGGUUGGAAAUGGAAUAAAAGCCCAAUCUGGAAAUCCAGAAGUGAAAGUUAAAGGGACUGAUCCUGUCAUAAACCAAAUAAUUGAUAAACUGAAGCAUGUUAUUCAGUUGCUCCAGGGCAGAUCUACUCCAAAACCUGAGAGAUGGGAUCUACUCCAAGUGGGCAGUGGUGGACAUAUAGAUGAACAAGUCAGUGGAGACUGUGAUGAUGAAGACGGUUGUGGGGGUUCAGGAAGUGGAGAAGUAAAACGGGUCCUGAAAAUCACAAACUAUAUGGAAACUGAAGUACAAGGAAGGGAAGUGACUUGGCCCAGACAGCCACGGAAAUGGGAUGUGAAUCCAGGUACAGACAACUGUGAUCAUCAUGGGGAAAUAAAGACAGGGAUGCCAGAUGAGAUGAACCUCAGUGACGUCAAGCAAAUCCAUCAAACAGAUGGUGGAAGCACUUUGGACACAAGUGGAGCAAGAAGCUCGGCAGUGACUGCUCAUAUGACAUUUACCCUGAUUAGUGUGGCAGCAUUCAUUCUCAGUCUUUGGUAACAGAAAAAUUCUGGCUUGAUUCAUGUGUUUAUUGCAAUCUUCAUUCCCCCUCCCUCCCUUCAUAAGCCUGGAGUGAGAUCUGUUGAAUGUAGAAAUUAUAUGUAUGGUGGUAUAUAUCUUAUUAAUGUCUUAGAUACCAGAUUUGAAUGUUCAGAAGGUAUCUGAUUAUCACAUUGCUUUAAAAUAUGAAGGUUAUUUUUAAAGAAAAAAAUCUUUCCUUUGUUUGGGGAAUAGCCUAUGUGAAAAAAUAGCACAUCCCUCCUGCAAAUAUAAACAGCAUGAAACCAUUUUAAAAGAAAAAGGAUACGUUGCUAUGUUGUACUUUUUCAUAUUUUAAGAUUCUUCUUUUUCUGAAAGAAAGUCCUGGUAAAUUUGUAGUAUAGAAUUUGUAAAACAAUGGAACAUUUCAUAUUAACUACUUAAAAUAGAGAAAAUUUAAACCCCACUAUGUUAACAGAAUACAAAAUAUAAUACGGCAUGCAUAUAUUUCCAAAUUAUUCUCCCAUGUCUACCAGCAAUCAACACUGGCUGCUUUAUUUUUUUUUUUAAGUCAUAAGGAAGAAGAAACCUGGGUUGGAGGAUGACACUGUUACACGGUGGAAUUUAGUGGACUUUUAUCCACUUAAUUUAGCAACUGACAGAUCUUAUAGAUGAUUAUUGUGGUUGUGGCUGACUCACAUUCCAUUAUGCCUCAAGUUUAUCUUGAAUAUCAUUGUACUAUCCCUACUCCCCGGCUUGCCUAAUAGAUUUAGAUAUCCUACACCACAUACACGGACUACACUUUAGGAGUCUCUCUACUCAACUUAUUGAUUUUUAAGUGGAAAAAUUCUUUAAAGACUAUCAGUCAUUUUCUUUUGGCCAAAUAGAUAAAUGAAUCACUUAUACUUUGGAAAGUAAUCCUGAAUAUUGUUAGAGUUUUUUAAAGCCCUAAACUUCCAAGAAGAGUUGAAUAUCAAUGAAUUUCUAAGAUGCUUCUGACUGGCCAGAGGAAAAAAAAGCAAUUAUGAACAGUCCAGAAAAUGUGAACAUUUCAUUUAUACCUUUUCUUUUCCCCCUAUAUUAGUAAAGUUGCUGAUCUGCAGUCCCUGAUUUCCCAGUCGUGAUAAGAUGUCUCAGCAUACAAUGAUUAGGUUAUGUCUAUGACACUACAUAAGGAGGAAGAGAUAAGUCAGAUUUUAUUAAGGAUUGUCGCAUUUGGUCAAUGGCCAAUGAUUAUAAUUAAUGUGAACUGUCAUCCUAAUAAAGAGAAGUGCUGAGCCUCUUUUUAUAAUGACUUGAAAGGACAUGGAGCGACCUCUGACAAACAGCUGAAGAGGACUCAGUCAACAGCAAAAAUCAUUGAAGUAAAAUAGUUUUUUUCCAACAUAGGGAAUAGUCUAUCAACAAGGCACAUUCUUUGCCAAAUCUAUACUUAAUUAGAAUCACACAUAUAUGUAUAUAUCUACAUAUAUAUGUGUUUGUAUACACAUAUAUGCAUAUAUACAUGAAAAUAUGUAUACAUAUACAUGCAUACAUAUCUAUGAUAUAUUACAUAUUACAACUAUGUUACCAUUGCUGAAAACAUUUUUGGAGCUCUUUCUCUGAGACUGUCUUCAGAUUUCUAUAGCACAUUCUACAGCAACACACUGCUAUAGAAGGGCAACCAAUUCUGAUUUGUAGGGAAAAUAUCAGACUCUAUAUAGUAUGGAUUUAACAGAUGCAACUGUCAUCUCUCUUGUAGGUUAAAUGUUGGAAUAAGCAGCAAGGGGAGGGUAUUUCCAGUGCAGGUGAUAAAAGCAGCUUGAGACAGUAUUAGGUGUCUGUUAGGGAUUCCAAACACCCAUAGUAGGAAGUUAUAAUAGGUCAGGUUCUGGGAAAAAUUUGAGAAGAGUUUAAGGCUGAUAGAAAUACCAGGGAACUACCACAGAAUAUUCUUAUGCCCCUAUCAGACAUAAGGGGAAGGGUAAUAACAUUUCACAAAGCCCUCCUCUUUUAUUAUUCUCUUUAAAAUUUCAAUGUUGAUUGAGAAUGUGUCACCAAGAAACUAAAACAGACAAUUAAAUUAAUUCAGUUGACAUAUAUGAUUAUAUGUAUGUAUAUACAUAUGCAUGUGAAUAUGUAUAUGUACAUGCAUACAUACAUAUAGUAGUUCUUUGGAACAAUACAUAUCACAUUAAUUUUCAGUUUUCGUUGGCAUCUUUGGUUUUGUGAGGACACAGACACAUCCUGUUCAUGUUGUCAGAAUGGCUUCACAAUAUUAGCACAAGGAUUGUUCUGUUCAUUUUUUUAUACCUUUUUAUACCUCCAGCCUCCCCAACAAAUACUAAUCUAUGUAAGGUAGCUUUACGAUGAUGAAUAGUACCAGAACAUCUUCAGAGAGCAUAAAGAUUUCAGAUAUUCCAGCAAUGGCCCACCUUCUUCAAAUAAUAUUCACUGUAACAUAUACAUAAAAUAUAAAGGUAGAAAAUUUCUUGGAGAUGGUUAUGAUAGGAUUUGCUCUAUUUACCCCAGAACCAGUGGGCAAAGACUUAAUUUAGCCCUAAGUGAUUUUAAAAAAUCUAAACAUCUAAAUAAAUACCUUAUAAAGAUGUAAAGCAAAAUAUUAGGUUGUCUCUCUUAAAUGGGAAUGUGUUUCACAUGCCAGUAUCAUCAACCCAGAUAAAUAUGUCAGAGAUCAUUUGGCAGAAUGGUUAUUAACUUUAAAACAGAUGGAAAUGAAAUCUAUGUUUUAUAAUGACUUUAAUUAAAGUUAAAAUUAAAAUUAAAAUUUUCAAACAUAUAUCUCUCCUUUCAAAAAAAAAUCACAAUUGUUAAAAAGCAAAAAAAAAAAUUCAGAUUAAGAAAACAAACUGUAUUACUCAUGGCAAUGAGGCAGUUUUUCCUUGUAUCUGUUUACCUUGGGGAAGUCAAAAGUGAGUAUUGUCAACAGGUCUCAAACAAAAAUUGGCAAGCAAAGAAUAUUAUGUGUGGAUGAGGGCAUACAAAUCUCCUAGAAGGACAUUUCAUGGCCUGUCUUUUUGACAGAGGAUCCCCAGUCUGGCUGAGGAAAUAACAUUAGUGUUCUCUACUCUCUCAAAAAAGAUAUUAAGCUAUUUUAAACAAAAUGCUCUAAUUCUAACAUUUCAUGUAAUGAUCUUUAAGAUCAAUUAUGCAAUUAUUUUCAUAAUGAAAAUUUCUUAUCAUAUAUUCUAUUGUUUCAUUUAAUAUAUUAUUUCAUUUAUGAGAAUCACUCAAGGUUAAAGUUAAAAGAAAAAAAACUGCUUCACAUGCAACACAGGCUUCCUGGUAUUUUCAAUGAAAUUCACUAAAGCAGGCAGAGAUGUUUGUACUUAUCUUAGACCAUAAGCAAUGAUAACCUAUAAAGUUGUGAAGGUUGAUUAAAACUACAAAAAAGAAAUGUUUAAGGCUGUUAGCAAUGUCUAUGGUGUGGAUAAUAUCAAGUUUUACCUUCAAUACUGCAUAUUGUAUGUUCAUCAUUGCUAAUAAAAAGUAAACACAA